AUGAUCUAUCUAUCUAUCUAUCUAUCUAUCUAUCUAUCUAUCUAUCUAUCUAUCUAUCUAUCCCAAAAGAUCCAGUCAAUAAAUCCGUUCUUUUACACCCUGACAUGUACUAUCUUUCAUAUCUCUUUGUUCUUAGCCUAUCAUCCUUUCAUUUGUAUUUUCUUCUCUUUCUAUAGAAUCCUCUUUCUUCUAUACUUUACAAUCUCCUAUUUGUUUCUUUCAGCGUCUCUUUCAUUUUUUUUUCAAUUUUUCUUUCCUGUUUUCUUCCAUCUUAAUAUUAAUCCGUUUCAGUGCAAAAGGGCUAUGCCCAAAGCGACUUAUCUUUUUAAGUUUCUUCCUUUCUUUUUGUUAAUCAUUGUUUUUCUAUACAAUUUCGCUGUCACAGUUUCACAGUCUAUCUAUCUAUCUAUCUAUUUAUCUAUCGAUCGAUCGAUAAAAAGUCAAAUUCUAAGAAUUUUUCUUUACUUUUGCAUUUAUCAAUUGACUUUUCUUUCUUUCUUUCUUUCUUUCUUUCUUUCUUUCUUUCUUUUUGUUGCUAUAACUAGCAUACCCCUGUCAUUCGAUUCUUUCUUUCUUUCUUUCUUUCUUUCUUUCUUUCUUUCUUUCUUUCUUUCUUUUUCAUACCUGUCAUUCGAUUCUUUCUUUCUUUCUUUCUUUCUUUCUUUCUUUCUUUCUUUCUUUCUUUUUGUUGCUAUAACUUGCUAUAACCUGUCAUUCGAUUCUUUCUUUCUUUCUUUCUUUUCUUUCUUUCUUUCUUUCUUUCUUUCUUUCUUUCUUUCUUUCUUUUUUGUUGCUAUAACUAGCAUAGCUCAUACCUGUCAUUCGAUUCUUUCUUUCUUUCUUUCUUUCUUUCUUUCUUUUCUUUCUUUUCUUUCUUUCUUUCUUUUUUUUUUUGUUGCUAUAACUAGCAUACCUGUCAUUCGAUUCUUUCUUUCUUUCUUUCUUUUUUCUUUUCUUUCUUUCUUUCUUUCUUUCUUUUUCAUACCUGUCAUUCGAUUCUUUCUUUCUUUCUUUCUUUCUUUCUUUCUUUCUUUCUUUCUUUCUUUUUUUUUCUUUCUUUUUGUUGCUAUAACUAGCAUACCUCAUACCCGUCAUUCGAUUCUUUCUUUCUUUCUUUCUUUCUUUCUUUCUUUCUUUCUUUUUGUUGCUAUAACUAGCAUACCUGUCAUUCGAUUCUUUCUUUCUUUCUUUCUUUCUUUCUUUCUUUCUUUCUUUCUUUCUUUUUCAUACCUGUCAUUCGAUUCUUUCUUUCUUUCUUUCUUUCUUUCUUUCUUUCUUUCUUUCUGUUGCUGUAACUUAGCAUACUUAUCAUUCGAGUCUUUCUUUCUUUCUUUUGCUGUAAAUAACAUAACUGCCAUUCAGAUCUUUCUUUUCUUAACAUUUGCCUUUCUUGGUAUCUUUUUAAAUGUCUUUCUUAUUUCCAUACAUCUUCACUGUCACAGUUUCACGAUCUAUCUAUCUAUCUAUCUAUCUAUCUAUCUAUCUAUCUAUCUAUCUAUCUAUAAAAUCAGUUAUCUUCUUUCUUUCUUUCUUUCUUUCUUUCUUUCUUUCUUUCUUGCUUUCUUUUUUGCUUUCUUUUCUUUCUUAACAUUUGCCAUUCUUUCUUUGCAUCUUUUAAAAUUUCCUUCUUUUUGUUUAUCAUUGUAUUCUCUAUACGUCUUCGCUUACAGUUUACAGACUCACAAUCUAUCUAUCUAUCUAUCUAUCUAUCUAUCUCUCUCUCUCUCUCUCUCUAUAUAUAUAUAUAUAUAUAUAUAUAUAUAUAUAUAUCACUGUUUCUCUCCACCUUAUCUAUCUGUAAAAAGUAAAAUUCCAAGAAACGUUCUCUUUAUUUUUUACAUUUACCAAUUUUCUUUCUUUCUUUCUUACUUACUUACUUACUUACUUACUUACUUACUUACUUUCUUUCUUUCUUUCUUUCUUUCUUUCUUUCUUUCUUUCUAA